AUGUCCAUGUUCCCUGGAAAACUGCUCUUCUGCUUCUCUUUGAUUCACAUUUAUCUAAUCACUACCAUCACUCUAGCUCAGCCCGAUUUCGUUUUCAACCGCUGCGACAACGCGGAAAACUAUACCGCAAGUAGCACCUACCAAAGGCACCUCGACACCACCCUCUCCAUCCUCCCCACCACCAACUCCGGCUUCGGUUUCUUCAACUUUUCCACCAGACAAGGCAACGAUACAGCCAACUCUAUCGCACUUUGUCGAGGCGAUGUCAAUCUAGAUGCGUGUAGUAGUUGUCUGAAUGACUCCAUUGUUAACUUGCGAAAACUCUGCCCGAAUCAAAAAGAAGCAUUAGGAUACUACGACCACUGUUUGUUGCAAUAUUCCAACAGUGAUUUAUUGGUAUACCCACAAAAAAGAGAUUACUUUUUUCAGUUUAAUCCACAGAAUACGACGGAUAUUGAUAAGUUCAACGGUGCUCUACGCCCGUUAAUGGACGAGCUUAGAGGUGCUGCGGCCGCUGGAGGUUCGCUACUAAAGUUUGCCUCUGGGAACAGGACCGGUCCAGGAUUCGAUAGGAUUUACGCUCUUGUGCAGUGUGCUCCUUACUUAACGGAGCAGGAGUGUAGUGAGUGUUUGGAGGAUGAAGUCAGUAAGAUAGGGAUUCAUGAUAAUGGGAAAAUUGGAGGCAAAAUAGUUCUACCUACUUGUUAUUUUAGAUUCGAGAUAUAUCCGUUUUUUAACCAGAGUUUUCGAGCUACUCCCCCGCCACCAUAUCCGUAG